UUGGGCAAGUUCACAAAUAUCCAAACUUACGCAGUGGAAGCGGAAACCGCGCGAAAAAAGAAACGAGGAACCCAAAUAAAAAAAAAACCACCCGUGGAAGUAAUAGAAGAAAUGGCGGAGAAAUUGGCACCGGAGAAACGCCAUAGCUUCGUCCACAACGAUCAGAAGGUGUUCGAGUGGGAUCAGACUUUGGAAGAGGUGAACUUGUACAUAAACCUUCCGCCCAACGUUCAUCCGAAACGAUUCUAUUGUAAGAUACAGUCGAAGCACGUCGAAGUCGGCAUCAAGGGCAACCCUCCGUACCUCAAUCAAGAGCUUACGUGUCCGGUGAAGACGGACUCUUCUUUCUGGACCCUAGAGGAUGAUAUACUGCACAUAACACUAGACAAGAGGGACAAAGGUCAGACCUGGUCUUCACCCAUAUUAGGUCAGGGUCAGCUGGAUCCUUAUGCCACCGAUCUUGAGCAGAAGCGUCUCAUGCUUCAGAGAUUUCAAGAAGAGAACCCAGGUUUUGACUUCUCACAAGCUCAGUUUUCUGGGGCCUGUCCUGAUCCAAGGACCUUCAUGGGUGGAAUACGCACUGGUUAACAAUCUUGGUAUGAUGCAUUGAUUGCUUGGAGUAGUGUGUUUGAGAUAAUUAAAGUGGUUCCAUGUGCUUAUUUCCCACUUGCAAAUCUCUGUAACAAGUGAAUUAACAUCACCCGAAUUUCUAAUUGCUUGUGUAUUUUAAUUUACUGUUCCUGAUUACAAAUGUAACAUGAAGGAUCCUGUGUGCCAUUCAUUAUGAGUGUUUGCAGCCCUGCGUUCCUCACAA